AUGCGGACGCAGAGCCAAUCCAUUAGGCUGGGACGGUCCCAGCAGUCACGUAGCAGCUUGAAGCGAAACAGACGCCCCCAACUUGAUUUUGCACUUCCGCUGACAAAGAAAAUGCACUUUCUUAGCCGUUUGGCGGAGCUCCUCUCAGAACGCUAUGUAGGGCCCACGAAGCCCAAGUUUGAUCUUUGA